AUGGAUUCCUCAGACCUCCAGCAGUCUUCCUCGGCCUACUGCUUCAUAGCGAACAAAGACGUCCACUGCAUCCCCAUCAACUCGUUCAACAGCUACUCCGACUCUUUCCUAGCCUUGGACAAUACCAAACACCAAAGGGACGAUGCAGACUUCACACCCGACAAACUCUACUUGAAGAACAGAAACUUGCUCUACAGCCUCAACAACCCUUCACUUUCAGAUGUCGAAUUCGAACCAAACUCUCCAACUCCACUCCACUCCACACUUAACACUGCCAAUAACAAUACCCCUAUCAAUGGUAACCAUAAUGGUAACAAUAGCCAUUCGAAUUCCACUAGCUUUCCUCCGGCUUCCGACGUUGACCUCUCGGCUAUCAUCAAUAAUUACGCGACUCACGCCGUAUACUUUCCCAAACUCAUAGUCAACUUGUCCGAGAAUUUGAACAACAACUUCCAGGACUUGAAGACCUUAUUGGUGAAAAUCUUUCCCACUUGGAGUAACAAAGAUGAGAUCACUUUGAAACAGCUUACUGGUGGUAUCACCAACAUGUUGCUUAGAUGUUCCUACAAGCCGUUGCAGGAAACUGUACUCAUCAGAGUAUAUGGCCACGGAACCAACUUAAUUAUCGACAGACACCGUGAGUUCAUUCUGCACUUGAUUCUCAACUCCAUCGGCUUGGCUCCUCCCAUCCAUUCCAGAUUCAAGAACGGAUUGAUCUACGGCUAUCUCUCUGGCCGGUCAUUGGAAUCGUCCGAAUUGUAUAGCCCCAACUUGUAUCCCUUAAUCGCACAACAGCUCGGAAAUUGGCACAACCAGUUAGACUACCGCUUGAUCCAGAACGGUGUGGAAAAGAUCAGAACCUUUUCCAUGAGCUUGAAGUCGAAAACAAAAAGAGACAGCAUAAGUAAUGGUUCUACAAAGAAGAGAUAUAAGAAGAAAUUCAUCUCCAACAUAUGGGAAUUAAUAGAAGACUGGAUCAAUAUUGUGCCUGUGAACCCGGACUUGAUAUCGUCGUUUAACUCCAAUUUGAGCCAUGAAGUCACCGCUGAAAACCUCAAGAGUAUCAUUACCGAGGAGUUUGAAUGGUUGAAGGAAAACUUGAUCAAUUCAAAUUCACCUGUAGUAUCUUCACACUGCGAUUUAUUAUCUGGAAAUGUGAUCAUCCCAGACGACCUCGAUAUCAAGAAACCUUUACAUUCCUUACCAACUAUUGAAAAGAACCCUAUCAAAUUCAUAGACUACGAGUAUAUGUUACCAGCACCUCGUGCUUUCGAUAUUGCCAACCAUUUGGCAGAAUGGCAGGGAUUUGAUUGUGACAGAUCCGUCAUCCCCACACCUCACAUAAGCAACCCUGUUUUAGUGAAAUGGGUGAAAGGAUAUCUUAACGACGAAAACGCGGAUAUGGAUAAAGUCGGCAGCUUGAUAGAAGAAAUCGCUACCUUCUAUGGUUUGCCAGGUUUCUACUGGGGUAUCUGGGCCAUGAUCCAAAGCGAGUUGUCAAAUAUCGACUUUGAUUACUCUAAGUACGGAAAGUUGAGACUAGAAGAGUAUUGGGUCUGGAAAGGACAUUUCUUGAAA